UGAAACACUACAACGCCUCGGCCCCCAGCAGCUCCCCUGUUCCUGCUCUGUUUCGCUGACUGCAGCUGACCAGCUGAGCUCUAUUUCCACGUACAGAAAGGAGCACAGUAGCUUAGAGUUUCCUAGCCAUGGUUGCGAUAACCGCGCCCAGCUCGAUCGACCAGAUCCCGCCGAUGCGGUACCCCAAGGCCAAUGCGGGCCAACCGAUCGCCAUCCCGUCCGUCGACCUGUCGGCGCCGGGCGCAGCGACAGCGGUGGCGGACGCGUGCCGCAGCGUGGGCUUCUUCAGGGCGACCAACCACGGCGUGCCGGCGGGCCUUGCCGAAGCUCUGGAGGCCGGCGCGAUGGCGUUUUUCGCGCUGCCCACCCAGGACAAGCUGGACAUGUCCGGCGCCGCCCGCCCCUUCGGCUACGGCAGCAAGAGCAUCGGCUCGAACGGCGACGUCGGGUGGCUGGAGUACCUCCUCCUCUCCGUCGGUUCCAACUCCGUUCCCAGCUCCUCCCUGCCGCCCUCACUCCGGAUGGCAUUGGAGGAGUACACGGCGGCGGUGAGGGAGGUCGGCGGGCGGGUUCUGGAGCUGAUGGCGGAGGGGCUCGGCUUGGACAGGGCGCUGCUGCGGAGGAUGGUGGCGGGGAGGGAAGGCAGCGACGAGAUGGUACGGGUGAACCACUACCCGCCAUGCCCGCUGGCGCCGGGAGACUGCGGCUUGACGGGGUUCGGGGAGCACACGGACCCGCAGAUCAUCUCCGUGCUCUGGUCCAACUGCACCGCGGGCUUCCAGAUCAAGCUCAGGGACGGCAGGUGGGCCCCCGUGCCCCCCGACCCGGAAUCCUUCUUCGUCAACGUCGGGGACUCGCUGCAGGUUCUGACGAACGGGCGGUUCCGGAGCGUGAAGCACCGGGUGGUGGCGCCGGAGGGGACGCAGUCGCGGCUGUCCGUGAUCUACUUCGGCGGUCCGGCGCCGUCGCAGCGGAUCGCGCCGCUGCCGCAGGUGAUGCUGGAGGGGGAGCAGAGCCUGUACAGGGAGUUCACGUGGGGCGAGUACAAGCGGGCCUCGUACAAGACGCGCCUCGGCGACUACAGGCUCGGCCCCUUCGAGCUGCGCGCCAAGCUCCCCAGCGAACCAGCAAAUAGCGCCGAUCCGCAGCUCUGCAACAGCGGCACCUGCAUGCAGCAGCAGGUGGCACAAGUGUACUAAGCACAGCUAGCUACCGUACUAGGCUAGGCUCUUACAAAUAUUCUCCUGCACCCAAGAACCAAGAUGGCCGGAUCGUCCUCCUUUUGUUAAAUCCAUAUGCGGUAACCUUGCCUCACUGCAGUACGUGCAGGCUCUGCUGCUCUGUGCCUGUCCGCUGCAUGCGUGUACAUGGUCCUUGUAACAUCCCAGUAGUAGUAGUAGCUGUUUCCAUGUAUGCUGCCUCUUUUGUUGCUCACUGUUUAGUGUAACGUACGCAAAUAGGCAGCUCGAUUAGCCUGUGCGUAUGUAACUGUAUCUUGUGACCAUUGCUCUGGAAGCUUUUAUAAAUGGCAACGUUGUGAAGUGUUUUGCAU